UUUGAAGUGGCCGAUUUGUCGACGAAACGAGAAUACCCCAAAUCAAUGUCCACUACAGAGAGGUAUUUGGUAUGAAAGGGACUGAAAAAAAGUGUCCACUAUGGGAGGUGUCCACUAAAGAGAGUGUUCACUAUGUAGAGGUUUAAAUCCAGCAAAAAAUGCUCCGUCGGACCUCAAGGUGUCCACUAUAAGGAGGUGUCCACUAUAGAGGAGUGUCCACUAAGGGAGGUUUUACUGUACUCAGACAUCUGAUUGUUUAGCACUACCGAUCCUCUUUCUAGGUUUUUCACAUAUAUCUGAAAGACAAAACAUUAUCUAAAUUACCAAUUAUCUCGUUAACAAAUACGGAUCAAGGUCGAAUUGCAACAAAUAAAGCAUUAGUACAACUUCAGAUCAUCACUUUAGAUGCGCAACUGAAAAGAAAAAGUCCAUCGAGUCAACAAACAUCAUUACAAGACAAAAACAACGAUCAAACGCAAUCCGAAUCAGAUGAACGUGCAAGUUAUCAAAAUGGAAAUAGCGAAAUUGAAAUGAACGAAGAUGCGAAUACAGACAAUGAUGACAAAUGUGUUAUAUUUAAUGAAAAAGUCAUGCUAGAAACAAUGAACUCUGGAUUUAAAAUAAGCUGUACUGAAGUUUACAAAAAUGUUGAAAAACUAAUGUGUCAAUUGGCAACUUUUACAACAUACUAUGUUACAUCGAUUAAUCCAGGUCAACCACCACCAGUCAAGGUUGAAUUAGCUGACUAUGCAAUCAAUUCAAAUAUUUGUUUAAGUAGCGCUGCAACUUACGAUCUUGUUAGCUAUUUAUCUUGGAGAGAUGUUACUAAUUUGGACAAUAUUGUUGGAGUUGUACGACAUUCGAAAACAUGGACGACAAGUUUAAAAGAAAGAAAAAAGAUGAAAGAAUGGCAUAAUUCUAAAUUAUUAUUCAACCGCACGUAUCAUCAUGUACAUCAUAACCAGAUAUGUCCCGUUUGUGGCGAUUGUAAUGGACUACAAUUAGACACAGCUUGUGUACAUCUCUUCAUUUACGAUCCAUCAAAAUCAACCGAAGCCCAUUCUUUAGAAAAAGAAAAAAAUUUAGAAACAUGUAUGUCAUGCAAUCAAGCAAUCAAUGAUACCGUAUUGACGAUUAGCGAACAAUUCUACACAUCAUUACCGGAAAAAAUAUUAGUUAUUUAUACUGAGAAAGAAAAUAAUUUUAGUAUUAUUAAUCUACAAUGUACUCCAGAAGAAAAUGAAACGAAAAUUAAGCGUAAUUAUCGUUUAACGGAUAUGAUUAUUACAACAAGAUUUAGUGAUUCUAUCGUUAUCGUCAAAAAUGGUAAAGGUGGUGGUUGGAUCAAUUCAGAUGAAUAUCCCAUAUCACCAAAAAUAGUUGCCGUGUACGAAGCCUUAAAUGUGAGUAACCGAGCUACAACAACAACUGCUCACGCCGAAAAAGCUUCCAGUACUAGCGAACAAUGCCUCUCAAGAAAAAAGGUACACGGACACUAUCAUUUACUUAUGAUUGCGUUUUAUGCAAUACAAGCCACAGGAAGUCGACACAAUUAUAGAACUAUAAAUACAAAUAUACAAGAACAGAAGUUUCGUCUUGAAAUUGAACCGGUGUUUGAAGAGCUAAAAGCACAUUCGUCUUUGAUCGGUGCUAACUUUCACUGUGCAUGUUAUUCAAAAUAUCGAUUAAGAAAACUACGUUUGGAACGAAAGCAGCAACAGCAGAGACAACAAACGGAACAAUCAUUUGAUAAUGAGCUAGGAAGUGCUGAGGAUGACUAUCCUGAAAUGGAUCACAAUGUUGGAGAAAUAAAUCAAAGAAACCCGAUUGUUACCGCAGCUACUAUGACAAAUACAGAUAUUAAUGUUGUUGCUCAAAAUGUUCUUCAGCCACUCUUCACAUCGAAUACACGGCGAGCUCAAAUUACAAUGGAUAUAUGGCAUCUUGUGAUAAAAAUAUAUAGUGCACAACAAGUUGCACAACAUUCUUUUUCUUUCAAACAGGGAUCAGCCGGAUUAACAGGUCACACGGAUUGUGACCUCCGAACAGCCUGGGCGUUAACAUCACCAUGGUGUGCUGAAAUCAAAAUAGUUGUGGACGAGUUAGCAAAUAAUAAACUGUCAAAUAAUCCACAUGUACAAGCCACUCAGUCAAGAAUCGCUAUGGACAAUCAGGAUUUGAACUCGAUGCUGAUGAUAUUAAGAACAGACAACCCGUUCACUUCACAAACAAAGGAUUUUCAUAAGAUAUUAAGCGGGAUGGUAAUCUCAGUGGACAUUGUUAACGAACUAUGUGCGGCAUCGACAAAAUUCUUAGAUGUUGCCAACUCUUUCAUUAAUCAACAUGUUGUCGGAAAGAAAACAUCGAUCUUUACAACAAUCAGCAAAGGAAAUGUUCGUCUAUUAAAUACAACGACUGCGCUACCCAAAACAAUAACAAAAACAACUAAAGAAACUAAUGAAAAAUUAUUAAGGACAUUGAUUCACUGCAGUAUAUUUCGCCCGCAAGCAAGUCUAGAAAAAAUAUUCAAACAUGAGUUUGCGGAACCACCUCUCUCGUUCAUGAACAAAAAUGAUAUCACAUUUCAGCAAAAAUCUAAUAUUAUUUCUUAUUUAACACAAUAUUUUCCCAGUGCAAUCACGAAUAUUAUACAACAAAAACCAUUAGUUAUGAUAUUAGAUGGUAAUGCUUUAAUAGGCAUAACAAAAACAUCAGUAGUCAACACUUAUUUUAACAACCCCAUGAAAUACAAGAAUUUGAAAGAACUGAUGACACUACCUACAAAGAAUGAAGUUUCACACGAUUGUGAACGUUUAUUGCUAGAUGUUUUGAAAUCUAAAUUUGCAACUUUGGAUGAACAUCGUUUGAAUGUUGUCAAGAAAUCAACAAUCAAGUAUGAUCAAAUAGAAAGUUUGAAAACUCUACCGCCGACAUCAGAUGCAGCUUAUUUGCAUUUUGCCAGAGCUGCUGUUGCUUAUCAAAUGUGGUUCAGGAAUACACAACUAUCGAUAGGUGCAGGACAUGGGUAUGAAAUAUAUAAUGGGAUGUUCAGUGUUAAGUGGAUUAUGAAAGGAAUUACGCCAUCUCCAGUGACAGUUAUUGCAUGUUCAUGUAAAAGUGGAGGAUGUACAACAUGUUUAUGUGCAACAAACAACUUAAAAUGUGUUUGA